GAGUGGGGAGGGCAGGAGGCAGCCACAGCGCUCUGGAGCCUCAAAUCUCUGAGCUUUUUUCCUGCCCUCUGGAACCCUCCUCGCUGCGCGCUCUCGGCCGCUAUGAAACUCCUGCCCAGAGGCGUCGCCCGCGUGCCCGGCCCGUCCGGGUCGCUGUGUGCGCUGCUGGCGCUGCUGCUGCUGCUGUCGCCGCCGCGGCCCCUCGCCAGCGCUGGUCCCGUCGCGGCUGUGGUGCGAGAGCUGCGUUGCAUUUGCCUAAACACCACUCCCAGAGGGGUUCACCCCAAAAACAUUGUUAACCUGCAGGUGAUCGCCCCAGGCCCGCAGUGCUCCAAGGUGGAAGUGGUAGCCUCCCUGAAGGACGGGAAGGAAGUCUGUCUGGACCCAGAAGCCCCUUUGAUCAUGAAAAUCAUCAAGAAAUAUUUGAACAGUGGAAACAAGAAAAACUGAUGAAGAGAAAGAGCCAUGCACUGGAAAAACUGCCCAGUCUUCAGCAGAGCGAUUUUCUACGGGUCUCUAGACUCAGUGAAGACAAGAAGGAAGGGUCGAGUUUUUCCAGCAGUCAGCUUUCUUCAUGGUUUCCACACUUGGAAGAGGGUAGAGAAAACCCAUGUUUGUUCCUGAAGCUUUCGGCUCAGCUCAUGAAGUAUUUAUCAUUGCAUUUCCUGCUAUUUACCGUUAUUUUAUCUGCUAUGUUAUUGGAAUAUUUGGUAAUUAACUAUAUUGUGAGCCAAGAAUCACUGGUUGUUAAUCUUUAAAAUGUGUUGAAGUGACUAUUGUAUUUCUAGAAUAUAUUUCAUAUAGUGUUAUCUGAAUGAUGUUUUAUUAAAAUACUGCUGAGGGGCAUACAAUUGUUAUCCUCACUCUCAAUAUUUUAGCGUUGUUUUAGGGGGAAUAUGUAGGAGAACAUCCUUACUUUUGAACACAGGAUGCUAUUUAAGUUGCAUUGCAUUAGGAAGCUGGGAGUAUCAUACCAUUAUUUGUAAAGAGUGUAUUUCCUUAUUAGAAUUUCUAAGUGUUUAAGUUCUAUAAGGACUAACAUAUUCUCUUCAUAUAAUUUUAGACAUUUAAUGUCUUCUUAGUAUGGCAUAAUGUCAUGAUUUACUCAUUAAACUUUGGUUUUAUGAGCUAUUUAUUAUUUUACUAGGAAUACUAUAAUUCUGGUCACUGUAUGUUAUGAAUAGAGGAAGAAACUAGGAAACAGGUAAAUUCAUGUCUUUUACUUUUUAUAGAAAUGAAUCCUUUUAGUCUUUUUAGAAAUAAAACAAAUUUAACAUUAAUCUACUCUGAAAGUUUUGGAAACAUAUUCUAACUAUUUGAGUAUAAAUCCAUCAUUUAGUCUUCCAAAAAUAUAUAGCAUUGCUAAAAUUUUUAGAUGCCUAUAGUGUAUCUUUUAAAGGUUUUGACCAUUUUAUUAUAAACAAUCAUGUAUGUAUCACAUCUACUAUAUUAAAAUUGUACUUUUUAACCAUGU